AUGGCCUGCCUUCUUGGUGCAUUUCAGAGAAGUUCUGCAGGUGUUUUCUUCUUAGCACUUUGGGGCAUGGUUGUAGGUGACAAGCUGCUGGUGUUUCCUUUGGAUGGAAGCCACUGGCUUAGUAUGAAGCACAUAGUUGAGGUUCUCAGUGCCAGGGGGCAUGAAAUUGUGGUGCUGGUGCCAGAAGUCAAUUUGCUUUUGAGAGAAUCCAAAUACUACACAAGAGAAAUCUACCCAGUGCCGUAUUUCCAAGAAGAGCUGAAGAACCGUUUCAGCUCCUUUGGAAACAGUCUCUUUGCUGAGAGAUCAUUUCUGACUGCUGCUCAGACAGAGUACAGGAAUAGCAUGAUGGUUCUUGAGUUGAGCUUCAUCAACUGCCAGAGCCUCCUGAAGGACCGUGCCACCCUGAAUUUCCUCAAGGAGAACAAGUUUGAUGCUCUUUUCACAGACCCAGCCUUACCCUGUGGUGUGAUCCUGGCAGAGUACCUGGGCCUGCCCUCUGUGUACCUCUUCAGGGGCUUCCCGUGCUUGCUGGAGUACGCGUUCACCAGAACCCCAAACCCUGUGUCCUACGUUCCCCGGUGCUACACAGAGUUCACAGACCACAUGCCUUUCCCCCAACGGGUGGCCAACUUCCUGGUUAGUUUGUUGGAGAACUAUCUGUUUCAUUGUCUGUAUUCAAAGUAUGAAGAACUAGCCUUGGAUGUCCUCAAGAGAGAUGUGGACUUACCCACCUUAUAUCAGAAUGGCUCUGUGUGGCUGUUGAGAUAUGACUUUGUGUUCGAGUAUCCCAGGCCUGUGAUGCCCAACAUGGUCUUCAUCGGAGGGACCAGCUGCAGGAAGAGCAGAGACCUGUCUCAGACCCUGAAGCUGAUGCCUCACACGUUUCCUGCUGGCAUCUCCAGGCACCAGGAAUGUGUGCAAGCUCCUCUCUCCCCACAGUCCUGCUCUGCCCAGGCCCCCAUGUCCGAUGGGACUACCAUUGCCCAGGUGCCCGACUCUCCCCAGGGUAUCCGAUGUGCAACUAGAAAUCAGCCUGUGCCGCUCUUGGUCUCUGAGCGCGUCCUGGUGGUCGCCUCAAUUGGCUGUGUCUCCAUCUUUUCUGUCCCUGAAGGAGGGGCUGUGGCUUUGAUUCAGGCCCUGCCCUCUGCAAAAACAGCCUCAAGAGCUGAGCUGUGUCGAUCAUUCUUAGUCAUUUGCAAGAGGGAUAUUUUAGGGACACAAAACUGGUGGUUCCACGCCUCCUUCUGUGUCUGCCCAGGCCUUCAGGGUGAGGCUCGGUCCUCCAGCUUAGCACAGAAGGCCGGGGUGGCCUGUCCUUUGUUUGGAGGUUAA